AUGGAACCGUCGAAUUCCGGCGACGAUAGGUUUUCCAACGCCUACCCCGGUUCCACGUCAGCUUUCACCUUCACCGCCCCUUCCGUUUCUUCCGGCCUUUCCAAGCCGCGUUUCGUUAAGAUUCGUAAACACAACAAUGCCUCCGCCUUCAAUCGCGACGGCUCUGUCGCCAAUGCCGCCGUAACCUUCGUUGGAUCCGAUAAGCUCGAUUCCGCUUUGAAUUUCGAUAAACGGAUCAGUGAUCGAUUGAGGAAUCUUAAAAUCGGAAGCGAGGGUUUCGUGAACGCUGACGGAAGCGACCUUCCCGAGGAGAUGAUGAGUAAGUUGAAGAUUGUAACGGAAAAUCAAGGCGGUUUUGAUAAGGUCCGUGUUGAAUCGGAACUCGGAGCCGAGUUGCAGAAGAAACUCAAUAUUAAAGAAACUGAGAAAAAUGAACGAGGUAACAAUGCUGUUAGUGAUGAAAAUUCGGCUAAUUCUGUUAUUUGGCAAUUGAAUAAUCUGAAUGUGAAUGAUGUAAUGAGCAGCAAGUUUAACCUAGUUGACCAGAAUGUUGAACCUAAUUUAUGCAAUUCUUCUGCAAUGCCAUCAUCGUCGGCGGGUUCAGCUUCAGCUUCUGUGUUAUUUCAACCUUUUGAAGUAAGUAAAAAGGAUCAAUUUGUUUUUCAGAGUAAACCAGAAGCUUCAGGGUCCCCUUUUGUUGAGUUUAAAACACAUGCAUCGAAGAUUGGUGGCAAAGAAGGAAAGGUGAAGGAAAAAAGUGGCAAUGUGAGAAUGAAAAAAAAUAUAGUGAAUUUGAAGCAUUCUGCACCAGUACAGCCUUGGAGUGGGCAUGGUUUUGUUUUUAAAGGAAGUGUUCCACAACAAGAUCAUCCUCAAGGUUCUUCAGAGACUUGUUCGCCUAUGGAGGUCUCUCCUUAUCACGAAAAACUGGCUGAGAAUCGAACCUCUAGGGAAAGUUCAGUGAUAUCCAAUGAGUCAUUUGGUGUUGACACUAAUGAUAAUGAAGCAAUGAAUUUUGUUGAUCACAUUGAUGAAGAUUUGAUUGGGGCAACUCAGAACAUGAAUAUAAAUGAAAGUAGUGAAGUUGCGUGUGAAGAUACAAAGGAGGGAAAGUCAGAGUGUGAUACACAUGAAUAUAUUAGUGUUGAUGAAGAGACAAAGGAUGAGUCUGUUUCUGGGAUUGAAACUGAAAGCUUUAAAUCUGCUAGUGAUAGUGUGGACCAAAUUAAUGAUGCAGAAACUGAAGCCUCUGAUGGUGAUAAAAUGUUGAAUCUGGAUGGUAGUUUCAGUAUGAGAAAUGGAAGCGUGAGUGAGUCUGGCUUCACCUUUGCUGCCGCUUCUUCUGCUGAAACUCAAUUGUCUAGCCCAAAACGUCACAACAAAAAGAAAAAUUGGGUAAAUGUUGGUCAUGAUUCUUUCAACUACGCGCCAAACAUGAAGGUUCCUUAUUCAUCAUCAUCAGUACCAUUUUCAGUGGUUUCUGGAAAGCCUCUUAUUGUGUCAGGGCAAGACAUAAAAGCCAAAGUGUCUUUUCCUCAACCCAAAAUUAGGGGUUCUGAUGUGAAUGAGGAGCAUGGAUCAAGGGAGGCUUCUGCUUCUGCUGAAGCCUGUGAAAAGUGGCGCCUCCGAGGAAACCAAGCCUACAAGAACGGGGAUUUGUCUAUGGCGGAGAAUAGUUACAAACAAGGACUUAGUUGUGUAUCUAAAGAACAAACAUCUCGGAGCUGUCUCAGGGCUUUGCUGCUAUGUUAUAGCAACCUGGCUGCUACACACAUGUCUCUUGGUAGGAUGAGAGAUGCAAUAGAAGAUUGUAGGCUGGCUGCUGAAAUAGAUCAAAACUUCCUCAAGGUGCAACUUAGAGCUGCAAAUUGUUAUCUUGCUUUGGGAGAAGUUGAAGGUGCGUCACUAUAUUUCAAACGGUGCUUGCAAUCAGGAACUGAUGUUUCUGUAGAUCGAAAAAUUGCUGUGGAAGCCUCCGAUGGCUUACAAAAGGCACAGAAAGUAUCAGAUUUCAUUUAUCAUUCUGCUGAGCUUUUGCAAAGAAGAACGUCCUCUGAAACAGAGAGGGCAUUGGAACAUAUUAACGAGGCAUUGAUGAUCAGCAUGUACUCUGAAAAGUUGCUUGAAAUGAAAGCAGAGGCUCUUUUAAUGCUUUGUAGAUAUGAGGAGGGGAUUCAGCUGUGUGACGAGACCUUUAGUUCAGCUGAGAAGAAUGCUUGUCCAAUGGCUUCUGGUUGCCAAGUCACGUUUCUGGAUGAUUCAGAACUCUCAAAAAUCUUCUACUUCAGACUAUGGAGGUGUUCAAUUAUGCUUAAAGCCUAUUUUCACCUAGGAAAGCUUGAAGAAGGUCUUUCUUUGCUGGAACAACAAGAGGAAAAGGUGUCAUCCAUAAACAAGAGUGGAAGCAAGGUUUUGGGGUCACUUAUACCACUAGCUGCCACUGUACGCGAGCUUUUGCAUCAUAAGACCGCAGGUAAUGAAGCAUAUCAGGCUGGACGACACGCAGAAGCUGUUGAACACUAUACAUCUGUUUUAUCUUGUAAUUUGGAGUCUCGUCCAUUUGCAGCUGUCUGUUAUUGUAAUCGCGCCGCUGCAUAUAAAGUGUUAGGUCAAAUAACCGAUGCUAUUGCAGAUUGCAGUCUGGCUAUAGCUCUUGAUGGAAAUUAUUUGAAGGCACUUUCUAGACGUGCAGGUCUGUACGAGAUGAUCAGAGAUUAUUCCCAAGCAGCCAAUGAUCUUAGAAGACUUCUCUCUCUUCUUAGUAAGGGGCUUGAGGAUAAUGCCAAUCAUAAAGGAACAUCUGAUAGAUCAAUUAAUUAUACCAAUGAUUUGAAACAAUAUCACAUUCGGCUCUCUGAACUAGAAGAAGAAGACAGAAAGGAGAUCCCUCUUGAUAUGUAUCUUAUUUUGGGAGUUGAACCAUCUGUUUCAAUAUCUGAAAUCAAGAAGGCCUAUCGGAAAGCUGCACUUAAACAUCAUCCGGACAAGGCAUGCCAGUCUUUGACAAAAAAUGACAAUGGAGAUGAUGGGAUAUGGAGGGUUAUUGCUGAGGAAGUACAUAGAGAUGCUGAUAGGCUUUUUAAAAUAAUUGGAGAGGCAUAUGCUGUCCUGUCAGACCCUGCAAAGCGCGCACGGUAUGAUGCAGAAGUAGAAAUGAGAAAUUUCCAAAAGCGACGCCCUGUAAAUAUGGGUAGAAAUAAUAUGGAGAAUCAGUAUUGCCCAUCUGACCAAUCCAACAGAAGACACUGGAGAGAGGUUUGGAGAUCAUACGGUCAUUCAUCUUCUCAAAAUUAUGAAACUGGUCGACCAAGUAGGAAGUAA